CUUUAGCGGCUCUAAUCUAACAAUAACAGCUAAUAUAAUUAUUCGCGGAUCCAGUGCCCUCGGCCCCGAUCCUCACCCUGCCCCUCGUGCGUGCGCCUUAGUUGUCAUCCCUUUAUAUACUACUUAUCCAUCUCCAUUUUUUUCUCAAUUUCUCUUAUCAAAAGCACACAACUCGGAGGAGACCCAAUUAAAACACCAAAUCCAAAAAAAUGGUAGGCGUUUUCAGGCGCUCCCUCUCUUUUCCAAACAAAACCCUUACCCGUCCACCUAAACCACAAAUUUCUCACCACAUCAGGUCCAUCUCUCUCCCCUGCAGAUCACAUCCCUUGAUUACUCAAAUCAAAGAUGAAAUCACCGACCUCAAAACCUGGUCCCGCAGUCCCGAGAAGCCAACCUCAGCUUGGCUUUGUGACGGUUUGCUCCGUCUAAAGGACCUUCAAGAUUCCCUCCACGACAUUCUUCAGCUCCCCCAGACCCAGCAGUUGUUAAGCCAUAAGCGUGAAUGGGUCGAGAAGCUCCUCGAAGAUUUCCUCCGUUUCGUCGAUGUUUACGGCAUCUUCCAAACCUCGUUUCUUUCUCUCAAAGAAGAGCAACACUCUGCGCGGGUGGCUCUAAGGAGAAAAGACGACUCCAGGAUUGCCGUGUACCUGAAAGGUCGCAAGAAGAUGGCUAAAGAGAUAGCAAAACUCGUAUCGUCUAUCCGAUGCAUUGGGCGAUACUCAUUUCCUGCAUCGGCUUUCGUUUCCAUUUUAGACACGGAGCUGACCGGUGUUAUCAGCGACAUUAUCGAAGUGACCGUUUCAGUAUCGGUGGCGCUUUUCAACGGGAUUUCCAUGGCCUAUACUUCAAGCAAAUCGUCAUGGAUUAGGUUGGCGUUGACCAAGAAAUCCAAAAAGGUUAAGAUUGAGGGAAGCAUCAAAGAAUUUGAAGAAAUGGGUGAAGCCAACGUGUGGAGCCUGAGAAGGAAGGGAGACGAGGAAGUGAGGAUGGUUUUGGAGAGAAUGCAAAACUUGGAAAGGUGCAUUGCUGAUAUCGAAAGUGGAAGCGACAAAGCCUUUAGGAGUCUGAUAAACACUAGGGUUUCGCUGCUCAAUACUCUCACCAUGUAGCCGUAGGAAGGAAAUUUGAAAAAGUUAUUUCACGUAAUUAUCGUCUCACAAACAAAAUAGCGACGUAAUUUACCCUUUUUAUCUCUGUGAACUCUCUCUUUUUAUUUUUAUCUAUUCUUGUGUUCUUUUCCCUAGUAGAAAGAAGUGAAAAAUUAGUGUCCGAAAGUGCAUCCAAGUCGAGAGGUUUUCAAUGGUGUAUAGUCGUCAUAUUCUUAAACAUUUUGGUCUUCAAAACAUUGCAUUUUGGCAACAAUAUGUACAAUUUUGAGAGGCAUUUAAAAAAAAAAAUCCAAAGGCGUUAUCUUUAUAA